AUGCCUUUUGAUGCUUCAAAAGCCCAAGCCACUAAAGGUGCCAGCCUUUUUAAAACCAGAUGUGCACAAUGUCAUACAGUUGAAAAAGGAGGACCUAACAAAGUAGGACCUAAUCUUCAUGGACUUUUUGGUCGUAAAUCUGGCACUGUUUCGGGAUUUCUUUAUACAGAUGCUAACAAAAAUAAAGGAGUGAUUUGGGGAGAAGAUACAUUAUUUGAUUAUCUUGAAAACCCAAAAAAAUAUAUUCCUGGUACUAAGAUGGCAUUUGUUGGAUUGAAAAAGGCACAAGAUCGUAAUGAUAUAAUCGCUUACUUGAAAGAAUCGACUGCCUAG